UGUUUAUAUUAUUUUAUAAUUUUUGUAAUUGGCACGGCCGACAUUUUCGUCUGUCGUUUCGUUAGUCGAAUAAAUCCAAAUAGUUGGCGGUCGAAUUACAUAAUAAUUCCCGAAAAUUUCUCAAGCCAAGCUGAACGAUAGUCGCGCGCAGAAACCAUAUGCAGGAAAGAGAGACGGUGCAACCAGUAGCAAAGGUGGUGGCGAUGAUGGUGGCGGUGGUAGAGGUACCAGGACUCCGCGCUCUCGAUCGUGACCUGAGAGCGAGCGAGUAAAUGCAGCGAGCAAAUGCAAAAGCGAGACCGAGGGAUUAACCAGCAUAGAGGAGGAGGAGGAGGAGCAGGAGGAGGAGGAAAGACCUCGGUACUACGAGAAGCAAAGGCGAGAGGAGGAUGGAGAAGCGAGCAAAGACGAAGUAGUAGGUGGACGAAGAGGAGGUGAUGGCGGUGAAGGAGGAGGAGGAGGAGAAAAAGAAGAAGGAGGAGAAGGAGGUGGCGGCGACGUUGGUGGUGGUAGGAGAACCAGCCUCCGCCAGUCCAUCCACGUGUUCAGUGUAGUUGCGCGUUAUGACCCGGAUGUUAGAUCGUAGCCGCAGUUUCGCGAGAACCUGCCGACCCGGAUGUCCUCCCGCUCGUUGUCCACCAGUGAUCGACCACUGAUGUCUUCCUGGCCACCGAAAUAUGUUCAAUCGGAUAGAUGCGAGCAAGUCUACGAAAGGCGCCAGCAAACUUCGAAGGGACCUGAUAAACGCCGAAAUCGCGAAUCUACGUGACUUACUGCCGUUACCGCCCUCGACACGCCAGAGGCUUUCCCAGCUGCAGCUUAUGGCCUUGGUCUGUGUGUUCCUGCGAAAAGCCAACUACUUUCAGCAAGGUAUAGUAAACGGGCGAGCUUGCCCUUUAGAGCCUCUUAAAGCUUGCAUAUUUAGAUCUUGAAGCUUGCUUCUUUAGACCUUCCUUUCUUUUUACGCAAGUAAGUCUCUCGAAAAGUUGUAAAUAGAUCGAUUUCCUUUGCUAUAAUUUCUAUAUAAAAAAAAUUAUUGCUGAAAGAUUUAAUUCACAGCGUUGGAAGCAACGUGUGAUAUUUACCGUCGAGAUUUUUCUAAACUUCCAAGUUGCAAUGCGAAACGUUGAAAUAUUAAUAUUCAAUUAUUGAAUAUGCAAAAGAUAUUUUGCAAUGCGCAUACGUAUUAUAAAAAAAUUAUUGGAGUCAAUGAGAAACUAUCGCAGAUCAAUGCAUAAUCAACAAAAUUGAAUAAAAUAUUGACGUGAACGUAUAUUUUUUUUGAUGAUUCCAAGAUAACUAUUCCUUAUUAUCGAGAAUUGUUUGGUUACUUUGAAAGUUCGGUUUGCUCGCGUUUGGUGUUGAGAGAACCGCGAUAUGAUACGCGCAUCGCGUUACACAGGCUCACAAUUUGUUAGUCUAUAAAACAAGAAACGGUGAUAAAGCAAGUCCAUUGGGAUAUCGCGAUUACUAUAUCUUUACAGUAAUUCGCAUCCAUCGCGGUCGAGACUUCAAUGCCGGCAAGCGCUCGUGCCGUGCAAUUCCCCGCGUCUCUACUCUGAUAUUUCAGCGAGCGCAUUGGUACUCGCGAUCAUUAUGUACUGUGCUAUAUAUAAUGAUCGCGAUACGUUGUACAGACCAUCAAACAUGCCGAAUUAGCAGAGAUUGUUGUCUAAGAGUCAUUAAUAAAUUGCCACAAUAGUAAAAAUAAUAAAAAUAAAAGUCUUUAAGUCCGAGCGAUAAUCGAUUAAACCAAAUACAAAUAACGACA